AUGCCAAUUCUAAGAGGAGGUAAACAACCAGUACGAGCAAUAACUUUCAACCCUAAAGGAAAAUUACUAGUCGGAACCAAAGAAGGAACUUUGAGACUACACAAUGAAUAUCACACAGCAGAAAAUACCACCACAACACCAUCGAGACAACCUAGAGAUGUUGAAUAUCAAGGAGCAAACAAAGGAGAUGUUACACAAGUGAAAUUCAAUCCUUGUUGUUCACAUCAAUUUGCUUGUAUUACAUCAAAGGGAUGUUUGAGAAUUUUCGAUACAAAACAAACAACAUAUACUGGAGGAGCUCCAACAACACAAUUGAAUGUAAAUGAUCUUUAUUUGAAAUGUUUUGAUUGGUGUCCAACAGGACAUAGAAUGGCUGUUGUAGAUUCAAAGAAUAAUAUUACAAUAUAUCAAAUAGAUGGUACACAUCCAACAAAUAUUGGAGAAGUAACAUCUAGCUCAAAACUCACUCUGAAAGAACGUGUGAGUUUUCCAGUGGAAAUUACUGACCUGAUGUGGGAUAGGAAAGGAAAAACUUUAUACAUUGCUAGUGAAAAUGGACGUAUUUAUUAUGUGAGGGAGGACGAAAAAAUUGCAACCUAUGUUUCAAAAGUAUUCAACCCAAUGAUUGACGAAAACAUUAGAGAACCAUAUAUUCUAGUUGGAAGGUCAGCAAUAACUUGUUUGGAUAUAUCACAUGAUGACAAGUAUCUCAUAGUAGGUUCAGAAGAUUCAGCUGUCUCAGUAUUUGAGAUACAAGAUUUGAUUUGUGUACAUAAUUUCUCUGAUAUAGGAUCUCUUGUGACCACUGUAUCUGUACGAUUAUUACAAGGAAAGUAUUUGAUAUUAUUUUCCACAAGGAAUGAUGAGAAGAAAGUAACUGGUAUUUUCUUAAUGAAUUUAAAUGACGGAAAGAUGUUAUUCAAGACUGAGCGUGACGGUAUUUCAAAAGCAAUUUUACAUCCUUCAAUGAAUUAUAUUGCCUUUUGCCAAGAUAGCUCUCCUUAUGAUGUGAUAGUGGAGGGUUUUUAA